GUGGAAUCACAUCGUUGUCCAGUCCUACUCAGUUGUUUGGUCAGCCACAGGUGGCAGCACCGCAGUUCUUCCUCACAGGUCAGUCAGUGCAGGCCGCAGCAGCAUCAGCAGCAGGCCAGUGCCACAGUCCAGCAUCCUCAAUACAGCAGCUUCUCAUCCCUGUCUCCACAGGUAAUGGAGCUCAGCAGUUUAUUAGUAUCCCUGUGUCCCUGGCAGCUGGUGGUAACCAACAGAUACAGCUGCUUACCACCUCAAAUGGCCAAAUCAUCGCCACGAACCUUGCAAACAUACCUGGUCUCACCCAACCUCUCAACCUCAAUAUCAACAACACUGGUGCACAUCAAGCCCAGAAUUCCACCAAUAACUCGAGUCACCAACAGGCCAACAGUCUGGGACUAGCCAAUCAGCUUGGUUCUCUACCUCAACUGCUGACAACUGGAGCACAGGGACAAAUCCUAGCUGUGGGUCCUCAGGUAAUCAACCCACUCUCCUUGACACAGCCUACACUCGCUUCUUCUGCCAACAAUUCACUGACCCAAGUCUCUCAAACUAAUGGUCAGCUAACGGCCAAUCACAGUACAGUGUCUGCUCAUCACACAGCCAUCCGUCAUGCCCAUACCAACAGCCAACCUGUGGUAGCACCAGUCGUGUCCUCGCCCCCCAGAUUGCCCACACAAGUCCUCACUCCAACAGUCACCUCCGAUGUUCUCCCACCCAACGUCAGUCAACUGCUUCCAAUUAACCUUUCAGACACAGUAGGAAAUUCUACAGAGAGCACCACUGUAGAUGGGAUAAACCUCGAUGAGAUCAAAGAAUUUGCCAAACAGUUUAAAAUCCGGAGACUGUCUUUAGGGCUGACUCAAACACAAGUAGGUCAGGCACUAAGUGCAACAGAGGGGCCUGCAUACAGCCAGUCAGCUAUCUGUAGAUUUGAGAAAUUAGACAUAACACCAAAGAGUGCCCAGAAGAUCAAACCAGUUCUGGAACGGUGGAUGCUUGAGGCAGAAGAACGGUAUAAGAAUGGAGUGUCAAAUCUUACUGACUUUAUAGGCAGCGAACCAUCAAAGAAACGGAAGCGAAGAACUUCCUUCACUCCCCAGGCUCUUGAAGUUCUCAACCAGUUUUUUGAGAGGAAUACACAUCCUUCAGGUGCGGAAAUGACAGAGCUAUCAGAAAAGUUGAACUAUGAUCGAGAAGUGAUUCGCGUGUGGUUCUGCAACAAAAGACAAGCAUUAAAAAACACCAUUAAAAAACUUAAACAGGAGACACCCUGA